GGUGAUUGUUGAUUCCGCACAUCUGGCAACAUCGUUUACUGUUCCAGCUCUAUAUCACGGCCCCUAGGAUUCUUGCAAACUAAAUAUUGUGAAUUAAGAUAAACAAAUUGCCAGGAUGUCGGACCGCACAGCAUCCGUCUCCGCGCCCGCGUCAUCGCUAGCCAAGUCGAGCCUCAGCGACCUGCGACAAUUUCGCAUCAACAAGAGCCAAGCCGUCGGUGCUGGCUCUGCGAAAACGGAGCGUGUGCCCGGCAAGAAGCGUAUCCAGGUGAUGGCAGAUAGUGACAGUGACGGUGCCGAUUGUCAGACCCCCAAAAAGACCAAGCUGGAGCUCACGGUUAAGGAGAAGGAGGAACGCUACAUGGCAGCCGCUAAGAUUUCCCCCCAGUACGACACAAUGGCUAUCCAGGAGUCUCUAUCUCGUACAAAUUGGGAUGUGGCUGCAUCGGUGCGUUACUUGAGGGAACACUGCAAGCCCAAGAUCCAUGGUCAGAACGGACCUCUGGUCAAAUCCAAGCUUAAGCCCAGUUCCAAUGGAACAUCCCACGGUCCGUACUCGGACGGCGACAACUCGGAUGACGACGAUGUCAAGCAGUCCAAGGAUCAGGUGUACGACAGUGACGACAGCGAUACUGAAAUGGCCACGAAGAUGACAGGACAACGGAAAAAGGUGUUCCAGUUUAUGAACGAAGCCACCAUAUUGGAGUUACAGUCGGUGAAAACGCUCUCGGAGAAGAAGGCAUCGGCUAUAGUGGAAUUGCGGCCAUUUUCGGACUGGGCUGAGCUGCGGCGGAAGUUGGAGAGCAAUAAGAUCAGUGCCGAUUUAUUGAACUACGCUCAGGACCUUAUCAACAAGCAAAACACAGUUGCCACCAUUUUAAGCAAGUGCAACAACAUGGUAUCGCGAUUGGAGAAGGCCAUUUCCAAUGGUGCCGGUAUUGUGGAGCAACCAAAACUUCUGAGCAGCGGAUUGCAGUUGGCCGACUACCAGAUAAUUGGCCUAAAUUGGCUCACCGUAAUGCACAAACAGGAGAUGAACGGCAUUUUGGCGGAUGAGAUGGGUCUGGGAAAGACUAUUCAGGUGAUUGCAUUCCUCGCCUACCUGAAAGAGAACGGUCUUAGUCAGGCGGCGCACUUAAUUGUGGUACCCUCGUCCACUUUGGACAACUGGGAGGCGGAAAUCACCCGAUGGUGUCCCAAACUGGUGGUGGAAAAAUACCACGGGUCGCAAGAGGAAAGGCGACGAAUGCGAGGACGCUAUGCCAAGGACGGCUUUACUGGAUUUGACGUAUUGUUGACCACCUAUCAUAUUGUUGGCUCGACCCCUGAGGAGCGUAAAAUGUUCCGUGUUUGUAAGCUAGACUAUGUCAUAUUCGAUGAGGCUCACAUGCUGAAGAAUAUGACUACCCAGCGGUAUGCAAACCUCAUCACCAUUAAUGCCAGAAUGCGUAUUCUGCUCACCGGCACUCCUUUACAAAACAACCUACUGGAGCUAAUCUCUUUACUGUGCUUUGUGAUGCCGAAAUUUUUUGCUAAAAGCAUUGAUGACAUCAAAACGCUAUUUGCAAAGAAAGGAAAAGCUGAUGGCGACCAGGAUGAGGUGUCACAAUUCCAGGAAACUCAGAUCCAGCGAGCAAAACGCAUUAUGAAACCCUUCGUGCUAAGGCGUCUUAAGAAAGAUGUCCUUAACAACCUGCCCAAGAAGCUUAGUCUUGUGGAAAAAGUACCCAUGAGCACACAACAGAAACAGUACUAUCAUGAACUGGUCGAGUAUUAUUCAAAUAACAAGGGCGAAGUCUGCAGCAGCGAGCGAGCGGGCAUUGCGAUUAUGAUGGAAAUGCGCCGCAUUGCAAAUCACCCGCUACUGAUGCGUCACUACUUCACCGACGAGAAUUUGCGUGGAUUUGCCAAGCGUCUGGCACGGGCGAGCUCUUACAAAAAGACCAAUGAGCAGUAUAUAUUUGAAGACCUGGCCAUCAUGUCGGACUUUCAGGUCUUCCAAUUGUGCAACAAACAUGAAUUGUAUGAUGUUAAGAUACCGGAUCCAUUAAUUUGCGACUCUGGAAAAUUCGGAUACCUGGACGAGUUGCUCCCCAAGCUGAGAGAGGAGGGCCACCGUGUUUUGCUAUUUAGCCAAUUUACUAUGAUGCUGGACAUUGUAGAGGAGUAUCUGCGAGUAAGGAACCAUGGCUUUUGUCGGUUGGAUGGCUCCACUGCUGUCAAGGAGCGUCAAGACCUGAUCACCGACUUCAAUGUUGACGACAACAUAUUUGUGUUUCUGCUGUCCACCAAGGCGGGGGGCGUGGGCAUCAAUCUGACGGCCGCCGAUACCUGCAUCAUUCACGACAUCGAUUUCAAUCCGUAUAACGACAAACAGGCCGAGGAUCGGUGUCAUCGCAUGGGACAGCAGCGUCCGGUUACGAUCUAUCGACUCAUAUCUGAAAGUACCAUCGAGGAGGGUAUCCUGAUGGCCGCCGAAGAGAAGCUAAAACUGGAGAAGGAUAUCACGUCCAGCGAGAAGGGCGAGGUGCAUGAGCAGCGUUGCGUAGUAAAGUUGCUGACCACGGCCCUGGGUCUGGACAAGGACCAGGAGGAGCAGCUGAAUAACUCGUUAAACAAUUCAAUUGCCUCACCCGCUAAGUAGGCCACUAUCAUCGUUAUAUUCUUAGGUUUUUUUUAUAUUCUCCGCCCGCAUCGGAUCUGUCAUGUACUUUUUAGCAAGUGAAUUAUUUUCGAAACCAUUUUUUCCGUAACUCUAGCAUUCAAUUUUGUAUUUAAAUGAUACUUUUUAAUGUAUGCUUGGAAUGUGAGAUUUACCCUGAGGUUGCCCAUGGUGGCUCAUAAAUUGUGUUAAGAAUUUGCCUUCGAUAAGAUCACAGCUGUUUUUUCAAUAGUAAUACGAACAUUUCCACGAUUAACUAAGGCACUCAAAUGGUUAUUUCCUCCGUCAUUGUGUUUACCCCACUCUAUGUAGCUUCAGAUUCUGUAAGUGUAUUGUAUGUAACGUAUUCAAAAAUCAUUUAUUAUUAAGGAUAAAGAAUAUUUGUGUACGAAAGCGAUCGUGUGAUCUGUUUCUGUUACUGGAGAGACUCGACAACCCUCAAUUGCUCGUUCUCUGAAUGUCUAGCGAAGAGAAUGCCCCACCGGAGAGCCCCGCUGGGUGUUUUGAAAAGCUUUUUGGCUCUGUGUUUGGCGGCGGCGAUUCUUCGGUCUUUAGUCUUCAACUGAUCGCUCGCGCCGAUGAUUUAAUUUUUAAGUUAAAGCGUACAUACAUACGUGCGAAUAUACAUGCAUACAUAAUAAAACGUACAUCGACAAAUAGAUAUACCCUUGCAUAUUGUGUAUCCGCAGUUAGUUCGACGACGAGAAUCGACGACAGCAACGAAUCUAUGAAAAUAUAAAGUAAAACAUCCUCGAAUUUCCCACUUGAAUACAUAUAUAUGUGUGUGCAGUGCAGAAUCUAUCCCCAUCCUCCCAUCUAUCCUCCUCCUACCCCUAUAGCAAGUCCCUUUCUAUUUUACUCAAACGGAUCGCCAUCGCCAUCGGCAUCCGUUUGCCAUUAUGUGAUUCAUGCAAUAAGUACAUAAGUUUUCCUCCCCGAAUUCUUUUCUUUGGUUCGCUUCGGCUUUGCGCCGUUGAGGCAAGCCGAAAUCUAUUUAAAAAUAGACAAAACUGUUUUGCGAGCGGAAAUCAUAUUGCCGCGGCCACUAAAAACGCUAAAUAAAUAAGGCCAAUAAUAUGAAAUAGAGUCUUGGGUUUUUGGCCAAAUCGACGUUUGUGGUUUGUUGUUUUCUUAAAGCGGAAACGGAAGGAAAGCCAACUGCAUAUACGUCUAGAUACAGUCAUCACUCGCGCAGGGCUGUCAUAUACUAUAAAUAUACAUAGAUGCGAGUGGCACAUGUGAGCAAUUUUUUGGCAAAUGCCAAAGAACACAAAGCAGCGCGUGCUGGCAAAACAAGAAAAAGACUAUAUUGUACAAUAUGAAUAAAAAUUUGAAUUAAUAUUCCCCCAACUUUUAUUUCUGUAUGUGUGUGUGUGUGCAGUGACCCGUAUGUGUACGUGUGAGUAAUCCGAAAAAGAAACUAUAACGAGCGAUCUACAUUUAAACAAAAAUAAAAAUUAAAAAAAAAAAAAAAA